AUGUCGCAUGUCGAGGACCAGCAAAACGAGGGCAACACCUCCGAGAUGCAUGCCGAUGGCGAUAGCGAAGGCAGCACCUCCCACAUCAAGAACCGGCUGGACGGAGGUAAUGUUCAGCCGCAACAAUCUCAAGCAGUAGCAGCACACGUGCAAGCUCUGCAGCGACGGAAAAUUGCUCAACUGGAGGAGAAGCUGGAGGCCCUACAGUCGGGGCGCGCAGUCAAGGAAAGGCAAACAGUCUGGUAUGUCGCUAAAGAAAGAGCGAUCAGGCGUGUUAUCACCCUGUUCGACAGUAUCGAGGACCUCGUCGCUAAAAAUGACAGAAGAUACGAGAGCGAGGACCCAGAUAAUACCAUCGAACAGGAUCGACUACAAAUAGGUUACGCCACACUAGCCAGAACCUUGCCGUGGUUUUUCAAGAAGGGUUCAGAGAUGGAGUACGAGGAGUACAUGCACAUGUUGAAGAUGCUUCGACAGGGGGCUGAUGGCACUCGAGCAGAUGACACCUCGAAACUGAAGACUCUCAUUUCGGAAUGGGUCAAUCGUGAAUUCAAGCUGGUUUCCCUCGUUGACCCCGACGAUAAACAUUCCCGUGGAUUCACUCAUGAUGUGUGUGGCAAGUUACUCUGUCCGGCCGAGCUUGAUUGGAAUAGCCCAGAAGUGAAGGCAGGAAUCAGAAAUCACUCAGAUGGGUAUAUCGUUACAGAUCUAUCCUUUCCCACUUACUUGUAUGACAAGUACACUACCAAUCCGGACGACCUUGAGGAAGGUCUUUUCAAAGGCAAGAUUCUCAUUCAGGGCUACAAGGCUGUGUUUACAUCUCCUUCCUUGGCAAAAGAUGUUGACGGUGACGGCGACAGCGCAGAUGUCAUCAGCAACAACCGACAGGCUAAGAAGUCUCUAUCCAGAAUCAAGGUUAAAAAACACGUGGCACAGAUCAUCCAGAUGGAAAAAGUCACUCCUCGCUCGAUCGCAUAUAUUGCAUGCCAAUCCAUGGAUGGCGACUUCGACUACGAACAGUUUUGGCGGACCAUUGUGGACUUCUUCGAAAGGGCCCCUGGCCGAGAAGCGCAGCGCAGGGUGGAAAGACUUCUCAAAUGGUGGACCAGAAAAGUUUUCGGGAGGAACCGCCAAGGCGAACUUAGUGAUGCAAUGAAGGCCAACAUGUCCGUCAAUGCUCUCGCAAGGCAGAGAGAACAGUGUGAUGACACUGUGUUUGAUUCACCUUAG